GUUUCCAGGCAGCGGUGUAUUUUUUGGUAUAAAUGAUUUGUGCAGUCUUAAAUUGAACCAGAUCCUUGAACUUUUUGUCUAACCUCUGGGCUUUGUGUCCCUCAGGACUCCCACAUUGCAUACACAAGAGCAUGCAACUAAAGGAGGUGCAGCAGGAGGUGGAGAUCCAGCAGCAUGUGAUCAUGUCUGUUCCCCCGGCAUCAAACUUUGCGUUAGAAUCGCAAGGUGAGUCAUCAUCAUCCGUCUCAUCAGGAUUUAUACACACGCUUCAUGGUGGAACUUGUUUGGAGUUCCAUUUCUAACUUUGCGUGUGUGUCUUUGAUUUGUGUGAAUGCAGGUGCCAGAGUUUUACGUCAUUUAUCUUCGGAUACAUAUUGGCCUCCAAGAUUUGGGUUAUGGGAUAAGAUAUACAGCUGGUGGUAUUCAUCCAAAACUCAGCGAAGAGUAAUCCAGGGACAGUCAUCAUUACUCCCUGGACAAUGCUGGCCCUUUUCAGGAUACCAAGGGCAUUUAUUUAUCUCGCUGUCCCACCCCGUCUCCAUCACUAGCGUGACACUCGGCCACAUAACAAAGAGCCAGUCCCCAUCUGAAAGCAUCGCCAGCGCACCGAGGAAAUUUUCAAUCUAUGGAAUGAGGACUGCUACUGAGGAAGGAAGAUAUUUGGGAACAGUGGUCUAUGAUCAAGACGGCACAGCAUUUCAGACCUUUGAGCUGCCUAAUCCAGACAAAGGAGUCUUCCGAUAUGUGAAGCUACAGAUUGACAGCAACUGGGGAAACAGAGACUACACCUGCCUGUACAGCUUCAGGGUUCACGGUAAGAUAGGUGAAGGUGAAGGUAAAUCAAUCACAAAACACCUGAAUUUUCCAGAUGUUUUGCCGUUGAUUUACCUUCCCUCCUAG